CGGGAUUACCGAGGGGGUGCGGGAUGCUGAUGCUGAACUGGCCAAGCUGGGAGGGAAGAAGAAAGGGAGGGGAGGGGAGAAUCGAGGACGGACGGCCUAGCCAGGCCAAGAAUGCAAUUGCCCCGGUGGUGGGAGCUGGGAGACCCCUGUGCUUGGACGGGACAGGGUCGGGGGACACGCAGGAUGAGCCCCGCGACCACUGGCACAUUCUUGCUGACAGUGUACAGUAUUUUCUCCAAGGUACACUCUGAUCGGAAUGUAUACCCAUCAGCAGGUGUCCUCUUUGUUCAUGUUUUGGAAAGAGAAUAUUUUAAGGGGGAAUUUCCACCUUACCCAAAACCUGGCGAGAUUAGUAAUGAUCCCAUAACAUUUAAUACAAAUUUAAUGGGUUACCCAGACCGACCUGGAUGGCUUCGAUAUAUCCAAAGGACACCAUAUAGUGAUGGAGUCCUAUAUGGGUCCCCAACAGCUGAAAAUGUGGGGAAGCCAACAAUCAUUGAGAUAACUGCCUACAAUAGGCGCACCUUUGAGACUGCAAGGCAUAAUUUGAUAAUUAAUAUAAUGUCUGCAGAAGACUUCCCGUUGCCAUAUCAAGCAGAAUUCUUCAUUAAGAAUAUGAAUGUAGAAGAAAUGUUGGCCAGUGAGGUUCUUGGAGACUUUCUUGGGGCAGUGAAAAAUGUGUGGCAGCCAGAGCGCCUGAAUGCCAUAAACAUCACAUCGGCCCUAGACAGGGGUGGCAGGGUGCCACUUCCCAUUAAUGACCUGAAGGAGGGUGUUUAUGUCAUGGUUGGUGCAGAUGUCCCGUUUUCUUCUUGUUUACGAGAAGUUGAAAAUCCACAGAAUCAACUGAGAUGUAGUCAAGAAAUGGAGCCUGUAAUAACAUGUGAUAAAAAAUUUCGUGCUCAAUUUUACAUUGACUGGUGCAAAAUUUCAUUGGUUGAUAAAACAAAGCAAGUGUCCACCUAUCAGGAAGUGAUUCGUGGAGAGGGGAUUUUACCUGAUGGUGGAGAAUACAAACCCCCUUCUGAUUCUUUGAAAAGCAGAGACUAUUACACGGAUUUCCUAAUUACACUGGCUGUGCCCUCGGCAGUAGCACUGGUCCUUUUUCUAAUACUUGCUUAUAUCAUGUGCUGCCGACGGGAAGGCGUGGAAAAGAGAAACAUGCAAACACCAGACAUCCAACUGGUCCAUCACAGUGCUAUUCAGAAAUCUACCAAGGAGCUUCGAGACAUGUCCAAGAAUAGAGAGAUAGCAUGGCCCCUGUCAACGCUUCCUGUGUUCCACCCUGUGACUGGGGAAAUCAUACCUCCUUUACACACAGACAACUAUGAUAGCACAAACAUGCCAUUGAUGCAAACGCAGCAGAACUUGCCACAUCAGACUCAGAUUCCCCAACAGCAGACUACAGGAGAUUUUCGUUUGACAACUUUUCAAAGAUUUGAGGUAAAUGGUAUCCCUGAAGAAAGAAAACUGACUGAAGCAAUGAAUUUAUAAUCAGACAAUAUAGCAGUUAUAUCACAUUUCUUUUCUCUUCCAAUAAUGCAUGAGCUUUUCUGGCAUAUGUUAUGCAUGUUGGCAGUAUUAAGUGUAUACCAAAUAAUACAAUAUAACUUUCAUUUUACUAAUGUAUUUUUUUUGUACUUAAAGCAUUUUUGACAAUUUGUAAAACACUGAUGACUUUAUAUUUGUUACAAUAAAAGCUGAUCUUUAAAAUAAAUAUUAUUAAUGAAGCCUAA